CUUAUCAGGCUAACUUGAAAUCCGUGCCUCACCUCGAUUUGCAUGCCAACCUCAAAAUUUGCCCUUCAGUAAUAAGCCUGCUCAUCUUAGCUUCUCAUCGGAUUCUUACACUACAAUGUCAAGUGAGAACACCAACGGAUCGGCUGUCGGUUACGCAGUUGGAACUUCAUAUUCCGCUCCAGAAGGACUGGAAAAGAUACUAGUUUACACUAAAGAUCAUUACAACAAUCCCGAAUUGUAUAUUACAGAGAACGGCAUGGCAUUUUACAAUAAUCAAACAGUUUCUGAAAGCAUCAAAGAUCCAGAAAGGAUUACAUUCUACAAGGCCCAUCUUAGGGCCAUUGAAGCAGCUAUCAGGCAAGGUGUUGAUCUCAAGGGUUUCAUGGCGUGGUCUUGGCUCGACACAUUCGAGUGGAAUUCAGGUUACACUGUGGGAUAUGGUCUCAACUACGUAGAUUUCAAACACGGUUUGAAAAGAUACCUUAAAGAGUCUGCUCUUUGGUACAAGAGAUUCCUAGCUCCUUGAAAAGAUUUUAGGAGUUUGGACUGUUGUGAUCCUGUUUUCAAUAAGCUGAGGAUGUGCUCUUGGAGCCCUCGCUGUCAUGUCUGAGUUGAUAUGAAUGAGUGUUCAAGAUAAGACCUUUUAGUAUCGUGUAUCUUUGAAUAUUUUCAAUAAAUUGCAUGAUGUGUUUCUCAUA